AUGCACUCAGUUUCACAUCCAUACACAGAGGCACAAGUGGUUAUCCUAAUUGGAUAUGACGAGCAGCCGGCCCGAAGCAUGAUCUCGCACAGUAUACCUAACGGCUUGUUGAGCAUCUCAACAUACCCUUCCAUAUACUACACGCUGCUCCAUUUCUACAACAAUGGGUACGAUAACUUCAUCCUGCUGUAUAAAAAGCUUUAUGAGAGCGCCGUUGAAAGCCUUCUCUCUUUCUUUGACCAAGUUAGUUAUAAUCACGACAUGUCUUGGACCAUUCUUCCUGUCUGCUAUGAAGAUGUCCACGAGUCUGUCCACGCGAUCUAUAGACUGAACAAGGACGAAAAACUGACCUGUGAGAACAUCAUUGUUGUCUGUUCCUCAUGCUUCACAACCAUCGUUCCUUCCUUAUACCUCAAAGCCCACAGGGACACCAACGCGACCAUGACGGUCGUUCUUUCUGACGUCUCCAUUGAGAAGACAGAAGCUGAAAAGCUCAAAAAGUGCAAAGGCGGAUGCUUCGCCGUGCUCGCCGAUACCACACAGCACAACCCACCCAUAGACCUCUUGAGGCUCAGCUCUAAUGCACCUAACGUGGCUCCAAAUAUUAUUCAAAGUAUAUACCAGGAGAUCAUUAGCUACAAUAGCAUCUACAAUCUCAACGUUCCAGAAUACAGAAAAACCUUUGAAAACCGCUAUCUACCGUUCUUGCAGCUACCAGAUACCAGGCUAAAGCAGAUAGCUGCAUCUCUUGAUGAUACUAAUCAGCUGUUUCUGAAAGAAGUUCAGGACAACCUUAUGAGAAAGUUACCUCGUUUCCCGUCGUUUGUUGGCACGCUGAACUACUUCCAACCGAUGACUGAGAAUACUACGGUUAGGAUACCAUUUUCCGCUAUUCAAGGGAAUAGCAGGAUGAGGGCAUAUAGUCAGCCGCCAGGCAUUAUUAUCUUAGCCCGCGAAAUUAUUCAGUACCUUAACAACAUCAGUAGGGUGUGGUCACUGUUUAAUGACCUGGUGCCGUUUCUAGUAGAGCAGCAAAACCUUCCAUAUGAGGCACAGCACUCCAACAUUAGAGCUUACUUGAAGACCUCUCCUGAUAUAAACAUUUGCCUUACCACAGAUGCAAGUAACUAUACACGGCAGAGCAAUCCUGAUAAACCACUGAUCCUCUCACCUACACUGCAGCAUCCGGACUUCCCUACCUCAAGCCUAUGUGAUGCAGCUCCCCUCCCGUCCACUGUGGUCACAACCAGUCCACACGGGGUCCACCUAAACAAGGAGCUAUGGAGCAACUUAGAGCGUGAGCGUUUGAAGGAGAACUUCAUCAAGUCUAUACGGCAUUCUCUGGAUGACGUACUUGUCACUAAGUCGUUAAGCGAUAAGCUAAAGCCUCCGCGGAAGAUUAUUGUGACGGGGUUUGAACUGACCAAUCAACGCUACUCAUCAACGAUAGAAAAGGAUAUACAGGAGAUGAACAAGAACUUUCCAAACAUACACUGCUUAAUCAAUACCAGGGACAUCUAUCUGCGUACCCAUCUAGCCAUUAAGAAUAACCUCUAUAGCAUUCCCGCAUGGAAGCCUGGACGCCAUCAUAGUCGCAGCAAUUUUCAGAUGAUUAACUACAGCUAUGACUCGGCCAGAAACCCGGCUUCAACAAAGGAUAUCGUCAUAGAUAAUGUAAUGUUUAAGGUCAGGAGGGAGAGCAGACCUGGGCGCGACAAAUCGGCCGAGCUAGACACAGUAAAGUACAUUGAUGAUAUCGAGACAUUCCACGAGGCUGAGCUAGAAGACCACACACGAAUAGAAAUGUCAGUCAUUGGUCCUGGAUGCAAGAUAGGCGAGCACGUAAAGAUCGCCCACUGUGUCAUCGGGGCCGGAGUCGUUAUUCAUAGCAACGUGACCUUGAAAAAAUGCGUUAUAUUUUCCAAUGCGACCAUUAACCAGGGCUGCGAACUCGAAAACUGCACUGUUUUAGAUGGAGCAGAAGUCCAGGAGCACACGGCAAGACAGGACGUAUGCUACAGAACCUAUCGAGAUGUGACUGGAGAGAGUAGAAAGUGA